AUGGUUAUAAUUACCGAGACUGCUUUACAGUUUGCAUUCAAUGAAUUCUUGAUGGUAGUUGUAGCGCAAUCUACACAAACAGCCAGAUUCAAAACCCCUCUCAAACGCCUUCAAAAUACCCUACAAAGCAUCCAGCCCGUACUUCAUGAAAGCUGGAGGGUGAGUCGUCCUCAAAAAGAGAUCAUAGUAUUUAUCUCUUAUCUAAAGAGAGAGAAAAGGCUCGUUCUCAAAACCUCCACCAUCACUUGUCGGAAUAAGUACCAAAAAUGUCUUCAUUCAAAUAAACUGAUGCGGUUGAACAACCACCUCGUGAAAUUCUUCCAGACCGAAUUGCAGGUGCGAAUUGCGAGGAUUCCGAUCGAAAUUGAUGAUUUAGAAGACAAAGUGGAUCAACUGCUUCCAGCUUUUACUAAUCAUGUAAGUGUUGGCUUCAACUGGCAUCUUGAAGAAUUCACAUUGGAUAUAAGGAGUCAAAAUUACUCAAUACCAGAGUCCAUUAACAGAAUGGGCCAACUUAAGGUUUUAACUAUAAAAGGAAAUUGUGAUCAUAAUUCUAAACUGCAUAAUCUUUCAUCGUUAGCCUGUUUACCCAGUCUAACAACUAUUAGAUUCGAGCAUGUUUCGGUUCCCUCUCUUCAGCCCAUCUUUGCAUUGAGAAAUCUAAAACAGCUUUCUUUUGUUAUGUGUGAGAUUGGUGAUGCUUUCAUGAGUUUUACCACUGAGUCAAAUUAUAACAUGCUACCGAAUCUCACGCAUCUCGAAUUCGAUAUGUGCUAUGAUCUCAAACAACUGCCAUCAUGGCUUUGUAAUCUAGCUCGUCUUCAGAUUCUAAGCAUCACUAACUGUCAUGAGCUUUAUGCUCUUCCUAAAGGGUUAGGGGGUUUGUCGAAUCUUGAAAGCUUGAGUCUGCAUUGCUGUACGAAGCUACAAGAGUUGCCUGAGUCGAUUGGAAGUUUGCAUAGUCUGAGUUCCAUUGAUAUGUCUGAUUGUUUGAGUAUAAGUGUGCUGCCUGAAGAAAUAGGUGAACUGUGUGGCCUGCGAGUGCUUAAGAUGAACGGUUGUACGGGGCUGCAACAAUUGCCAUUGUCCACGAGUGAAUUGUCGCAGUUGGAAGAAGUGGUAUGUGAUGAAGACACGUCGUAUUUGUGGAUGGAUUUUGAAAGUGAUCUUCAUAAUGUGAAGAUAGAUCUUGUUGAAGAUGAUAGAUUAGAAACUUUUAUGAAAAUUGUGUGUUAA